GAUCCGAACAUGGCAGGGAGGGUGUUGCUGUUUUCAAGAUCGUCUGUGACAGUAGCGCGGAAGUCACUCCCCUUUUGCGUUUGGCCUGAGCCUUGUGUAUAUCCAUGUGACUGAUUGUUUGGAGGAGGAGAGUCUGCCCUAGUUUGACAAAAUCCACCAUGCUGACAGUCUCUUCAGUUUUGCCUGAAAAUAAAGAUGAGUGCAGGCAGCUCAUUCAAGUGAUUGCAUUCUGUAUGUGUUUGGUCCUUGUCGAAGUUUCUCUUAUACCAGCCCAUCAGAUAGAGAAGCUAGAAUGAAAGUCCUCAGUGCAAGAAGAAUUCCAAAUAGUCAAGGUGAAGCUAUUUCUAGAAAAAACCUGACUCUCCAUUGCAUGAAUUAUAUGCUGCCAACUGACCCUGAAGAAAAGCUGGAACAGAAUUUGCAAGGAAACAAAACGAAAACUUUGGACUUGGACUUGGAGGAUCUGGGCUUAGAAAUGCCUCAACCUAGUGUGAGCGGAAUGGACCCUCCUUUUGGGGAUGCUUUUCGAAGCCAUGUGUUUUCAGAACAGACUUUGAUGAGCACAGAUCUUUUGGCGAACAGUUCUGAUCCAGAUUUCAUGUAUGAAUUGGACAGAGGAAUGGAUUACCAGCAGAGUUCCAGGGACAACCUCUUUUCUGUAGAGGACUGUAAAGAACUUGAGAACUUGGAGCCUUUUACAGACAUUUUGGACACUGAACCAUGUUUCCCUGCAAACUGGGAACAAUGGGACACAUACUCUGAAGAUUUGACAAAGUAUACCAAGUUGACUAGCUGUGACAUUUGGGGAACAAAAGAGGUGGACUAUUUGGGUCUUGAUGACUUUUCAAGCCCAUACCAGGAUGAAGAGGUGAUAAGUAAAACUCCAACAUUGGCUCAGCUCAACAGUGAAGACUCACAGCCUGUCUCAGAUCCACUGUGCUACCCAGAAUUGCUGUUCAGUGUAAAACAGACCCAGCUAUCUUCUCUGCCAAUGAAGAAAAUUGCAGCUAGAGCAGCUGCUCCUGUUUGUUCAUCCAAGACUGCUCAGUCUGAAGCACCUUUAUCAGAACUUUCCCAAAAAGCAAGCAAGCCCAAUUCAAGCACGGAAAUCAUGGUGAAGACCAAUGUGUACAAUAAUGAGAAAGUGAACAUUCAUGUUGAAUGUAAAGACUAUGUUAAAAAGGCAAAAGUAAAGAUAAAUCCUAUACAGCAGAGCAGGUCUGCUAUGAGCCAGGCAAAUGCUGAUGCUGCAAAAGAGAAUACUUGCUACUGUGGAGCUGUAGCAAAGAAGCAAGAGCGGAAAGGGACUGACUCCCUCCAGAGUCCCAGCGCUCCUGUGUUGCCUUUCAAAGAGACUCAAGCGCUGCUCCUUACUCCAUCCCAGGCAGUCCCGCGACUCGUUGCUGAGGAGACCAGCCUCUCUGCCAGCACCUCUGUUUCUGAUCCUUCACAGAAAAAAGAAGAACAUAAUUAUUCUCUCUUUGUCGCUGACAGUUUGGGUGAGCAGGCAAGCAAAGCUGAUCCUGACGAGGAGGAUGAAGAUGAGGAUGAGGUGGAGGAUGAAGACCAUGAUGAAGGGUUUGGAAGUGAGCAUGAACUGUCUGAAAAUGAUGAAGAAGAGGAAGAUUAUGAAGAUGAUAAAGAUGAUGACAUCAGUGAUACUUUCUCUGAACCAGGAUAUGAAAAUGAUUCUGUAGAGGACUUGAAAGAUAUGACUGCAAUAUCUUGUCGAAAAAGAGGCAAGCGAAGAUAUUUCUGGGAAUAUAGUGAGCAACUGACACCAUCACAGCAAGAGAGAAUGUUGAGGCCUUCAGAGUGGAAUAGAGACACAUUACCAAGCAAUAUGUAUCAGAAAAAUGGAUUGCAUCAUGGAAAAUAUGCUGUUAAGAAGUCACGGAGGACUGAUGUAGAAGACCUGACACCUAACCCCAGAAAAUUAUUACAGAUUGGGAAUGAACUGAGGAAGCUUAAUAAAGUGAUCAGUGAUUUGACCCCAGUCAGCGAACUUCCAUUAACAGCUAGGCCAAGGUCAAGGAAAGAAAAAAACAAGCUAGCUUCUAGGGCUUGCCGACUGAAAAAGAAAGCACAGUAUGAAGCCAACAAAGUAAAACUUUGGGGUCUCAAUACUGAAUACGAUAAUUUGCUGUUUGUGAUAAAUUCUAUCAAACAAGAAAUUGUGACUAGAGUUCAGAGUCCUAAAGAUGACAGAGAAACCAAUAUGGCUCAGAAACUCGACAUAUUUAUUAAAGACACCCUUGGACCACCUGUAUCUGGACAAACUUCAGAAUUUGUGAAUCAAGUUUUAGAAAAAACAGCAGAAGGAGAUCCUACAGGCGGUCUUGUAGGGCUGCGAAUACCAACAUCAAAAGUUUAGUAGAUGUCACUUCACUCAUCCUUUUUCGUCACAGUUUUGCCUGUGUCAUGUACUACAUUGUAAAAUUAAUUCUGGUCUGCAUGUGAAUUUAGCAUUAUAGAAAACACAGUUUUAAGUUCCAUCAUUUUGUUUCUUUUCUUAUAACAAUGUAGUAAGAUAAGUGAAAGCAUGAUAUAAAAUGCUUAAUGGCAUUUUGGAGCAUAAAUCUUAAAGUUUUAAACCUGCUUCUGGCAUAAAUGUGAUGAGUACAUAAUUCAUCUUCAAAUUAAGGUCAUCUAGGAGUGGAUUAUAUAGCCUAUGUAGGAGCAAAACAUGUUUUUUCCAAAUCAAAAUCAAGGAAAAUGCCAAACAUUAAAGCAGGUUUAUGCUCUAAGUAAAAUAAAAAUAUAAACUCAAGUUUCUUUUCAAGAAUUAUUGCUCUUAUGUUCUAAAUAAAACAGUAAGUUUUCUUUGCAACCAUAACUUGUACAUAGCACACCUGGCAAGAAAGCUAGUGUGCCAUAUAAAAAGUAUAAUUUUCUGGGCUUGAUACGGUAUUUAAAUGUCUGUGCAAGUAAGAAAAAAUGUAUACUCUUUGUGCCUUGUAUUGGGGGCGGGGAGAAGUGUAAAACUAUAAAUGAUAAAAAGACUUUGAAUGAUGAGAAACCCUCAUGGGGGAGGAGUUGUAUAGAUGGCCUCGUGGGUUUUAAUGUAUUUGUUCCAGCUCUUACAAAUGUUUGAAUGUAUAUAGGAAUAUGUUGAAAAUGUAGAUAUGCCACAGAGUCUAUGUAUUGUAUAAAAGAUGGCUCUAGAAAACUCAUUUUCGGUACUUAGCCGGAAGAAAACAAAUACUUGCACAUUAAUGCGAUUGUUUAUUUUUGUACCAAAGAUAAAUGCAACUGAUAUGGCAAACUGCCAGUUUAAGUAAAGUUUUGCACAGCUUACAUGAUACUGUACUGAAUGUAUAAAAAGAAAAAAAAACUUAAAAGGUCAGGGUUAGGGAUCUUACUGAACUGUGAAUUUCUUUCUUUCUCUUUGGGUCCAAUUAUCUACAGAAGGAGCAUUCAUAUAUAACUUUUUUUUUGCUGUUCUAGUUCGCUUCAUAGUAGAUAACUUGGCCAUUAGAAGGCUGUAAAUUCUUGUUUUCUGCACUUACGGUAGAAAUUUUAAUAUAUUUGAAUUUUAGUGAGCUAUUGGUAAACUAGAGGUCAACUUUGGGAAUUAAAAAUUUAGCUUGUAGUAUACUUCCACCAAACAACCAAAAUAAAAUUAUUUUUAUUGCAAUGUGUAUAUAUGUAAAGAAAGAAGAGCUACAAAUAUCUAAUUCCUUAGUUGCCACUUUUCCAGUUGUUGUAUUAUUGUGCAUGUGAUGUUUCCAAGGAUCAACACAGGCUAAAAAAAAAAGAGAAGAAUUUAUAGAUUUUAUAUUUUUGUACAGAUAUUUCAACUAGCUUCUUCAAACUUCUAUGUGACUUAUUGUUAACUCGUAGUUUCAAUGACUGGGGGAAUACAAAUGUCCGUGCAGUUUGGCUCAUGAGAGUCUGCUUUUAGUCAGUGUUAAAAGUACCAAUGAAAAGCUUUAUCUCUUGGUAAGAGAGUUGUUUUUGUCAAGACAGGAUCAUUAUCUGGUUUCAUGAAUGCCUUCCUCCCCUUUGUUUGAUAUAUAGAUGACUAUGUAACACUGUUUACUAAGGAUACCAAAUAAUUUAGAUGUAGCUCCUAGCAAGUGCAAAAAUCUCAUGAAGGUUUCCCCCACCCCAGCCCACUUUUUACAUACUUGUUGUAGUGUAAUUCUUUGCUCCUAAAUGGAGGUUUGGGGCCUGUUUCAUUGCUAUAUGCACAAGCAAUGUUUUGUUUCCUUUUUUUUCUUCUUCCCUUUUUUUGGUUAAAGGUUUGAAAGACUGGGGAAGGCCAGCAUACCACUACAGAGCUGUACCACCCCAAAGCCUUCCCCCCCUCUCUUUCUAUAUUCUGCUGCUUUUUGCCAUCUACUAUUUUAAAAAUAUCUGAAGUAUUUGCAAAACAUCAGCAGAAAUUUGCAUGUCAUGGUAGAGCAGAGGCCUUUUAAAAAUGUGAUGGUGUAUUCUGCAGGCCUGAAAAAAUGCUGGAAAAUCAGAGAUAUGUCUGGAUUUGGGUUGUAGAGCUAUUUCUUUUGUGUAUUUUACAGGUACCUGUUUGAAAUAAUGUUGCAUUGAUAAAAUGGUGUUUGAAAAUUGUUCAUGCUAAAAUUUUGACACUGUGUCAGAAGAGCAUGGAAAGGAUAUAUUCUGCAACAUGAUAGGGUUUUGCUGUCUGGAUUUGUUUUGCAAGUUAGACUGACAGUAAAAGAGGAUAUCCCCUUUGUAGUAGUUCAGGCUUUUCUGAGCUAAUAUCACUUUUACCGCUUUUGUGUGUUUGUGUGCAUGUCUGAAAACCAGAACAUGAUUUUGAUCUAGCAUUGGGGGAAGAAACUUUGAAUCUUUUUAGUAGAUUCCAUACCCUUGCAUUUCAGUGUUUUCUAUGUAUUAAGUUAUAGUCUGAAAGCUUUUAAAUAGUUGAGCUUUUUAAUGGUGACACUUUAUUUUGUAUCUAUUUAUAUACAGUAUGUAUGUAUAUCUUAGAAAAGCACUUUGUUUAAAAAAGAAAAAAAAGAUAUUGCAUUUUAUAUGAUUCCUGCCAUUUGCUGCUAACUCUGGGCUGGUCAGAAUGCUGCAGCGAUACUUGAUCUAAAUAAAACCUGGCAGUAAAAUGUAGAGUAAAUUUAAGACCUUUGCUGGUUUAACCUUAUUGUAAAGAUGACAUAGGCAAGCUGUGCAGCUUUACAUUUUAACCAGGGGACUCUGUGGCAUUUAAAACAGUCUAGAAAUGGUUGUACUUUUAAUGCCAGUAACAAUCUGCUUCCUCUAGUGUCAUUAAAUAUCCGUUUAGUGUAUAAUUAUCACAAAGAUUUUUUAAAAAAAAAACCAAAUGUUCAUGUUUUGUUUGGAGAAAUUGUGGCAUGCAUUUUGGAUGAUUAUCUUUAAAGGAGCUCUCUAAAGAUUUUCAGUGUUCAUACAUGGUAUGUGGAUCUUAUUGAAGUCUUUGGUCACUUUCUGAGUGUAGGCAUUGUGAAUAUUCUAAUGUCAUCCAAAACCGAUUAUACACCUUAUUUUUUAAAAGAAGUCUUAGACUCUCUUUCAUACACUGGAUGCUUUAGAGUUUGUUUCCAUAUUAAAGCAUGCUCUUGCUACAAAUUUGUCAGUUUGAAAUUGAGUGCCACACUUCUGUUUUUGAGCAGAUAAAAUGAUCUACUUGCUCCGUACCAUGUAUGGUUCUUGUCCUUUACCCAUUUUAUCCAUUGACAGAUUAUGAUGUGGCUUUAUAUUGUGCCUUACUUGUAUAUUAGAACCAAGUUUAUUUUUCAUUCCCCAGGAUUCCUUAAACCCUUGACCCCUUUUGGAAGCAAACUACAAUAAAAGCAUCAUGAAGGAACUUCAAAUAGGUCUGAUUUAAAGUUGUGUUGCUAGUUUGUACUGGCGUAGGGUGACCAAUUUUUCAAUGGUCUUCAAAGAUAGGAAUUUUUAUAGUAACUCCACUACAUUGUACAAAAGCUUCUCUGCCUUUUCUCAAAUUUAUCAAGCACAUCUUGAUAUUUAACUUUUUGGGGCUCAUUAGUGCUAGUCUUCUGGCUAGUUAAAGUCUAGCUCUUUCCACUCCGUUCUCCAGUCAAUGCAAACAGGAACAUUGUUGUAGGAAUUGGGCACAGGUAUACAAAGUUCUUUUUUCUGGUCAGUAAUUUAUUUUUAAACUUAUAGAUGGAAAUGUAGUGGGAAAGAGCAAAUACUAAGUCUAUAACAGACUAAGGUUUCUUGAAUAAUCUUAAAGCAACAGACAUUUUUUUUUUUCAAAUACCGUACUGUCAGUGUGGGUUUCACUUAAAUCUGUACCAUUUUUCUAAUGUUUGCCUUUGUUAAUAAAUCUGCUUGUUUAUUCACAAAUGUCAAUAACUGAUGUAUUGUUUCUCUUAUUGUAAGUCUGUUCAGUAUGGCUAGUUUUAAAAAUAAUAGCCUCCUACCUGUUUUUGAUGGGUUUUCUUACAAGUUGCCUUCAGCAGAAUAGUAUAGCCAGUCUGUUCCUUGACUUAUUUAGCAGUCUUCCUGGAAUUCUGUUGAGGCACAAUCAAAUACAUAAUAGAGAAGUUCAGGCCUUCAGACCUGAAUUUCAUUCAUGCCCAAUCAUGAUUCCUUUUGUGAAGAUAAGGCUUUAGCUGUGGAAGCAUCUAGCUUAGCCUGCUAUCAGAUGGAAACCUACAUUUUUGUGUAGCUGAAUUUGUCUUUUGUUUUACUUUUUGUCUUUGUUUUCUUUUGUUUUGUCUUACCUGAGGGAUUGUGCAAAGACAUUUCAAUCAGUUAUGAAUCUGAAAACUGAUUCUUUCUUUUAAAAAAAUGCAUUCAAGGGCAUUACCACAUGGAGAGAAAUACACUUAGGGAUGUUUCCAAUAUAAAUGGAAUGCUGUGUCUACAUUUGCAGAAAUGGCACUUUACCACAUACUUCCUUCACAGGAUUCUGAACUUCAUUGGAUCUCACUGAUUUUUUUUAAGUGUUCUCCAUUCCUUUAAUUUCCACCAAAUGAUGUAACCGGGUAGAAAGAUGUUCUGUGCAAUGUGAUGCUUAGUCUCUAAAGAUAUUCACAGACUUCCACAAGAGCAUCUUCAUUGUACAUUUUUGUCCCAAAUCCUAAACACACUUUUUUGAAGCAAGCCCUAAUUUUAUCUGGAUCAAACUUGACUUUCAUGUUAUUUGUAUUCAAGGCUGUAACCUCAGUCUUUCUGGAUAAAACAUAAGCCAAGAUAAGACCUUGGUAAAUAGUGUGAAACAAAAAAAAAAUUCUCUUGUGCAAGAUUAGCCCUGAACUACCUUUAUGUGGAGUAAUGGGGAUAACUCUUUCAUUUUUAUUGCAGUAUCUUAAGAUGCCUCUAAACAUACAGGUUCCUGUUUUCUGUUCUAGGUAACAACUGCUACUGCCUUUGACCUUUAAUUUUAAAUAGGUAUGUUCCUUAAACAUAGAGCACACAGUGGAUUGACCAUACCAAGUAAAAUUAGUUAUUUGUUUGUUGAACAGUUAAAGAGAAGUCAUGCAUAACCCAAGUCCCAGUAAUUUCAGAAGCUCUGCUCUUAGUACAAUAUGAGAUAGGAUCCAAUCACACAUGCUUGUCAAGGGAUUCAACGUUGGUUUGUACUUUUAGAGCAAUAGCAACUUUUCCUUUCUUACUAGUCUUCUGUGAAACAAAAAAUCAUAAUGUUCUAUCAUUGUUAUGGGCAAUAUAUUCUACAAAUUGAGUUUUCACGCUUUUGGCAGUUGCCUCAAAGAGACUGAAAACCCUUUUGAUCCAUACAUUGUAGUUAAAAACAUAUUUGGGUCUACAGUCCUAAGUAUAUUUAACUGUGAAGUUGAUCCUCUUAAGUCAAUGACAUGUAUUUCAAAGGAAGGGGGUUCAGAGUUAGGGUACAAGGUUGAUGGUGUAUGCAAACACAGCAAAACUUUUGAAAGGCAAAAAACAACAACCCAAACUCUUGCAUAUUAACAACUAUGAUGACCUUCCUAUGCUUGAGAUAUUUGUAAUGCUGUUAAUAUUAUGUAAUCCAUUACCAUCUGAAGCUCAGACAAAUGUAUUGAAGGUCUUUUUUCUGUUUAGAAAAACAAAUUCUCUUUUAAAAGCAUGAUCUGUUUGAAAAUUUUAUAAUGUUUAAUGUUGUGUAAUUUUCUUUUUUUUUAAAAAAAGAGGCACAAUUAAAUUUUAUUUGUUUACUCUGUCACCCUUGAGCCCAAGCACUUCUAUUCAGAUACAAACUCAUCAAUGUAUGCAACAUCCUUUGUAAUUGAAAAUAAAUCGUGAAGAGAAGUUCUGACUUCA